AUGGACACCCUGAGGAACCGGACAGUGGAGGAGCUCCAGGAGCUGCAGGAAAACGCAGAGGAGAUUGAGCGCCUGGCCCUGGAGUCCCAGGAGGUUCAGGAGCUGCAGCUGGAAAGGGAGAUGGCCCUGGCCUCCAACCGGAGUUUGGCCGAGCAGAACCUGAAGUUCCAGGCGCCGCUGGAGACGGGGCGCGCUGACCUCUCUAACAAAUACGAGGAGCUGCAGAAGCUGGCUGAGCGCUGCAAAGAGCAGAAAGCCAAACUGGAGAAAUUUUCAGCGGUGAUGCACCCUCAGACCUUGCUGGAUCUCCUGCAGGUGGAAAGCCAGAAAAUCGAAGAGGAGUCUGAGAAAAUGGCCGAGAAGUUCCUGGAGGGCGAGGUGCCCCUGGAGACGUUUCUCGAGCAGUUUUCCAUGAUGAGGAAGUUGUCCCACUUGCGCCGGGUCAGAGUUGAGAAGCUGCAGGAGACUCUGAGGAAGUCGGAAGCGUCGCAGGAACCUGGCAGGGACUCUCAGCAGCAGCAGCCUCCUCACGUACCUGCGCCCGCGGAGCCGCCGAAGCUGCAGCCCAUCCCUUCAGGGGCUCCUUCCUUCCCUUUACCCUAUAGCCCGGCCCCGGCCAUGCCGGUCGGCCCCACAGCCCAUGGAGCUCUCCCUCCUGCUCCUUUCUCUGCCUCCCCGGUCACCGUAGGCCACAUCGCUUCCUCUCAGCCAAGCACCCAGCCCGGGUUUCCCUAUAAACCCACUCCGGGUCCCGGAUAUCCACCAGUGCAGGCUGGUGACUCGGCA